AUGGCUCUUUGCUUCGGAAUCGAUGAUUACGUCGAAGGAGGUGUUAUUCCCGCAGUGAUUGUUUUGAAUAUAGUUAUGGGAUUCGUGGAAGACUACCGUGCCGAAACGACAAUCCCUUCGUUGCGUCGUCUCUCUGCCUCAACAUGCAAGACCAUCCGAGACGGUCGUGUUACCUCUGCCAUGGCCGAGUCGCUGGUUGUCGGCGAUAUAGUUCAGCUGCCAGUUGGGGAUAUUGUUCCUGCCGACCUGCGCUUGUUCGAUGGAAUGAACGUUUUAAUGGAUGAAGCACUUCUGACAGGUAAAUUCCGCCCCAUCCUCAACCCCCCAUGUGACGCUAUCCUUGUCUGGUAUCGCUGUCGGUGA